AUGGACAAUGUUCAGGGCCAAUACAUGCGUAUCAAUCAGUUUCUCAUGUGCCUCAUCGGUCAGUGGCCGUAUCAGGAUAGAUGGGAGAGAUUCCUGAUCCAGAUCGUCUUCGUGCCCGCGGUUUUUUCUCAGGCGGUUCUUCAGGGCGGCGGUAUGAUCACCGCUUGGUUCGCGGGUGAUAUCGACGCGUUUAUGGAAAGCUCGUCACCUUUCGUAAUUAGUCUAAUGUGCAUCUGCAAGCACGUUAAUUAUACGUACAAUCACGGGCAGAUGAGGAGGCUAACCCUCACGAUGACGGAGGAUUGGGAUAUUUACUCGAAGCUCAGUCACGAGUGCGACAUCCUUUGUCGAAACUACGCGAUGGGACGAAAAGUCACGAUCGCUUACGCAGUCUCUUUGUACGGCUCGAUGACUCCCUUUCUUGUCGUACCGGUGAUAUUAAACACGGCCAGCUACUUGGGGAUGUACAACGUUUCGGAGGGUAGACCUCAAAUGUUCCGUACGGAAUAUUUGCUCGACACGCAGAAAUAUUACUAUCCGUUGUUAGUGCAUUCGUACAUCGGCACUCUCGGGUUCGUCACUAUCGUCGUGGCGAUCGACUCGAUGUUGGUGUUUCACAUUCAGCACGAGUGCGCGAUGUGCGAAAUCCUGGGAUAUCGGCUAGCACGGAUUGUCGCGGCUGACACCUUAGACAUAGAGUUGCAUCCGCACAGAGAAGAAGACGCGUCGUACCGGCACGUCAAGAACUGCGUGAUCAUGCACAAUCACAUAAUAGAAUACGCCAAGCGUCUUGAGAUUGCGAAUACAACGUCGUAUUUUUUUCAACUAGGUUUCAAUAUGAUGGGCAUGACUUUUACGAUAUUCCAGGCGGUGGUGAAGUUGAGCGAUCUAAAAGAAGCUUUUCGAUUUGUGUCGUUUACAUUUACCUUAUUUUCCGUUCUCUUCCUCGAAAGCUGGCCGGGCCAACAGCUGUCGGAUUAUACCGAUAAAAUUUUCGCAUAUACAACCGACGGAAAAUGGUAUCAGUCUUCGCUGAGCGUGCGGAAAGUUAUCAAUCUUAUGUUGUUGAGAAGUUACGUGCCAAUUAGAAUAACCGCGGGCAAGCUGUACACAUUGAACCUGCAAAACUUCUCCGCAGUCGUACGAACGUCGUUCUCUUAUUUCACCGUUCUCUGUUCGAUGCAGUAAACGUUGUAGUCUCUGAAGAUCUGUUAUUAGUAAUAAGAAUUAGAUGCAAUUGAACUACUU